UAUUCGUCUGUUGUCUCUUCCCCUCUUCGGGAACAGAUCGACAUCCCAUGUCGCUCAAAUGGCUCCAUCACUCUAGACAUCCUUUAUGCCGCGGCUCCUUCGCCUCAAAUCCUCCUCUACCUUCCCCCAGGGCCUGUGCUUCAGGAGACUCACGACGAUGAGGAUCGCAUCCUCACGGGGCUUUCUAGCUCGAGUAAAUGCACAGUAGUCAAAAUCAAUUAUCGCCUCUCCCCUGACCACCAAUUCCCAAAGCCCGUCCACGAUGUCCUUCAAGGCUAUGACUGGGUCCUGGACAACCUACUUCACGAUCAACCACGCGCCCGACUCGCUGUCUGUGGAGAGCUUGUCGGCGGCACUUUAGCAACUACUUUGGCAUUGACCGAGUGUGAUCUAAACGGGCGACGUAUACACUGUGCAGCAAUCAACAACCCAAUCGCGGACUGGGUCUUUCCAGAUGACUUACCACUCGAGCCUCGCUCCGAGUUGCCUGAGCCAAAUGCUCCAGAGGAGACGGCUUUCCCUGCUGAUCAAGACAUGAUGGCCUGGUGGGCAAAGCAGGACGAGGAAGAACCAUCACGCACGUCGCGAAAGCAACGGCGGACUCCAAAGCCCCGCAAACCAACCGCAUGGACAAUCAAUAGUGACAAUGUAGACCUGCCCACGUUAUCACUAUCCGGCGAGCGAGACGUUCUGUUCAGGGAAUCAGAGGAUUACUUUGAUCGCUUUGCCUCUCCAAUACAUUUCUUUCGCUCGCCUCACGGAAAACUACUGUAUCCCGAAAGUGACGAUAUCUUAGCAUCAUCGUCACCUUCUGAGGUGCCCAAGGACCCUCUCGAUUUUGAGACACAGAUGGACCUCAGUCAUUAUGCAUCCUUUGCGCAAAAUAAUACCUCACCACUCGAAACUCCGCUCCUGGUCAGGUGCCGGGCCUAUGCGCGAGUUUUCCCGCCAGCUGGCUCCAACCUCAGUCUACCGCUAUGGCAUUUCACUUCCGGCUUGACCAGUCCGCUGUAUGACCAAACAUCCGAGCUGGCCAAGAUGAUCAAACGUAGCAUUGCUCGCCAAACACUACGAGCGCGAACGGCUCGUGUGCACUGGCAUGACCCUAUUGAGAAGAAAAAUUACGAAGCGUAUGCCGAGGAACGAGUGAAUGUAGAGACUGUGCCAGGUCUCGGUCUUUGGUCAUUGAAUGAUGAUGUGCAAGAGAGCAGAAAUAAGAUCGAAACCAUUGGCCGUUGGUUGAGGGAUUCACUG